AUGACAUCUCCUAGUCAAUCACUCACUCACUCACCUAUUCGAGGUAGAGCGAGGGACAUCGCACUUGCUGCAUUCAUUCCCUGUCCGGGGACUCUAGCGGCUGAAUAUACUGACACCCUCAAGUGUGACGAAGUUAGACCCGAAUGCAAGAAAUGCAUAGAUUUCGGUGUGACCUGCAAUUAUGAUCUCAAGAUCCCAGACCUUCAAAUGGUCUUUGAUAGACCAGCCAAUAACAACGAUAACGAUGCCCGGAAGGUGGCUAAGAAGUCCUUCCUGGUCAACCCAGCACGCUAUGGCAAUGGCGUAGUUGAAGUACCUGCUGUUCUGACCCCUCUCAUCUCCGUCUCUGACGGCCAAUCGAGCUUCGACCUCGACCACUAUAGUCUUGGUCUACUCAACCGAUUCCAUACGAGAACCAUUCUCACCUUGGGAAGUGCAAAGACUGCCUCCAUAUAUCAAGAAGUAUCAGUCCGUGAGGCUUUCGCACAUCCAUAUCUGAUGCACAUCGUUCUGACGUUGACAUCGAUUCACGAUCGUUACUUGGCCCCCACACCCAGCUUCAAACCAACCAUAAAAGAAUGUCAUCACUGGUCGCAAGGUGCUUCUUUGCUCAACAAGAAAUUAUCAACUCCUUGGCCACCAGAUGACCGAGACUCCCUAUGGACGGCUGCUGCUCUCUUGGGCGCGGUGACUUUCUGUUGUGUCGAAGCCGCGACGCCAGAAGAAGCAUGGCCUCUCAAAGACUCGGACCACUCUGAUCUUGAAUGGCUAAGAAUGAGUGAUGGAAAGCAGGUGAUCUGGCAGAUGGCAGAUCCGACAAGACCCGAGAGCGCUUUCCAUGAUCUUGCCGUCGAGCUUCGCAACGACAGCUCUCAUGCGCACAACUUUGACUUCAGCCUUGAACAGGUCCCUCUUCAGUUCAUUCUUCUCUAUAAUCUCAACUGCGAAUCCACGGCCGAGAAUAACCCAUAUUACGAAUCUAUACGCUACCUAAUAUCACUGCUCCGAAUGGAAUGCAAUCACACUACCAUUGUAAAAUAUCUCUCCUUCUUGAGUCACAUGGGGCAAGAUUUCAAAGCACUCGUGAAGCAGAAAGACCCGCGAGCGCUCUUACUGGUGGCCUAUUGGUUUGGAAGAGUUUCCCAUGGGACCUGGUGGAUUGCUGGAAGGGCACUGAUUGAAGGACAAUCCAUUUGCUUGUAUCUGGAAAGAUACUUCCCACAAGAAACGACAAUGCAAGAGCUUUUGCAGUUCCCAAAGAUGGAUUUGGGGCUUCCGAUGGAUUCCGUACCUCACCUUAACUAG